AAGUAAACACGGCAUAUAUAGACCAAGAAAAUAACAGCCGUGUUCUGUCAAACUCCGCAGAAGUCUUUAGCAGUAAGCACGGACAAUAAUAAAUAAAAUGGCCGGUGACGAAAUUGAUUUGUCUAACAGGGAUCCUAAUGGACUCAAUUCUCAUCUGGGGACUCUUCAUUUCAAUGAUGUCCUAGGAGAGCCUGACGGUACCCACAGUAUUGACUGCGUGUGGAAAAUGUCCCACGCCUGCUUCAAUCUGUGGAAAGGACUGUGCUACAAGAUCCUCACUCUGUGCUUUGGGUGCUGUAUCGCUGCUGAAUGGGGCUGCGAGUUCGCCAUCAUUGCCUUCUACCACGUCUGGUUUAUUACUCCUUGUCUGAAGAUUUUCGAAAUCAACUGCGGUCUUUGCCAACGAAUCUACACCAAUUGCGCAAAUUGCUGUGUCGUACCCUGUUGUGAAGCCUUCGGAGGAAUGUUCCAUCAUUUCAAAAAAUAAUACAUCCUUCUUUUAUAUUUCCACGAUGAACGUUUAUGCAAAGAUUCAAUUUUCAGCUGCUUUUAACUUUUAACCUUUGAACUUUUUGAAAGACACAUAUAUUAAAUGUGUCCUUGAUUUUUUCUUCAUUAAUUAGCUAUCAGUAACAACGUUUUCUUAUAACAUGAUUACCUACAUCUCUUUUUUAGAAACUACAUGCAUUCUUAAAGCAUAUUUAGAUAUAUAUCAACAUUCAACAUAUUUUUUCCCAUUUUGUUUCAAUAUCAACUUUGCAAUGCGAUUUAUAUUAUUAUUUUACAGACGUAACUUAUUUAUUAAAUUGUUUUACUAUGA